GGGACUGCGGGGACGCGCCGCGGAGACUCGGCCAUGGCGCGGGUGCUGAUCGUGGGCGCCGGGCUGACCGGGAGCCUGUGCGCGGCGCUGCUGCGCAGGGAGGCGGCUCGCCCCGUCCACCUGGCCGUGUGGGACAAGGCGGGCGACUCAGGGGGAAGAAUGGCCACCGCCAGCAGCCCUUACGACCCGCAGAGCACCGUGGACCUGGGCGCCCAGUACAUCACGCGCACCCCGCAAUAUGCCCAAAAGCACCAAAGUUUUUAUGACGAACUGCUAGCUCAUGGCAUUUUGAAGCCUCUGACCUACCCUAUUGAAGGCACGGUGAUGAAAGCAGGAGACUCUAACUUUGUGGCACCUCAAGGAGUUUCUUCAAUUAUUAAGCAUUACUUGAAAGAAUCAGGUGCCAAUAUCCGUUUCAGACAGUGGGUGACCCAGAUCAACCUGAGAAACAACAAGUGGGAAGUCUCCAAGGAAACGGGCUCCCCUGAGCAGUUUGACAUCGUCGUGCUCACGAUGCCGGUGCCUCAGAUCCUGCUGCUGAAAGGGGACAUCGUGAACUUGAUUAGUGAACACCAACGGCAGGAACUGGAGUCUGUGAGCUACUCCUCUCGCUAUGCUCUGGGCCUCUUUUAUGAAGCUGGCACGAAGAUUGAUGUCCCUUGGGCCGGGCAGUACAUCACCAGUAAUCCCUGCAUACGCUUCAUCUCCAUUGAUAAUAAGAAACGCAAUAUAGUGUCAUCAGAAAUCGGGCCUUCCCUUGCGAUUCACACCACUGUCUCCUUUGGAGUUACACACUUGGAACGUGACGUUGAGGAGGUGGAAGAGUUAAUUUUCCAGCAGCUGGAAAACAUUUUGCCAGGUUUGCCGCAGCCAGUCGCUACCAAAUGCCAGAAAUGGAGACAUUCACAGGUUACAAAUCCUGCUGCCAACUCUCCUGGCCAAAUGACUCUUCAUCGGAAACCUCUCCUUGUGUGUGGAGGGGAUGGAUUCACUCAUUCCAAUUUUGAUGGCUGCGUCGCUUCUGCCCUGUUUGUUCUGGAAGUUUUAAAGAAACACAUUUAGUACCUGUAUUCUUUCUUUUAAUUUUUCAGUUAUACUUGACACCCAAUGGUAUGUUAGUUUCAGUUGGCCAGCAUAGUGACUAGAUAUUUAUAGAAUUUGGGAAGUCAUCAACCCAGUUAGUCUAUUUAGUACAUAUGUAUUCUUAUUAUCUACUAGUACAUGUACUUUGGGUUUUUGUUUUCAUAAUUUUUAGUUACUGGUUGUUUUGUUUUCUGUUUUGUUCAGAGAAAUUACUGGAAAAAAAUUGUUCUUCACUUGUCAUUUUUUCAUAUGGAAUUAAAAAAAAAUCUAUUUUGUAAUAUUGAUAGUUACAAUCCAUACUAGAAUAAAAAUUCCUUGGACCUUA